GGGCGGGGAACCGAGUUCAGUCACUCAACAAAUGCGGGGCCCUACUGCGACCCGCCCGAUCCUGGACGCCGAGACACCUGCACUGCGCCGGAAAAACAUGGUCCCAGUCCCAGGAACGGACAUUCCAGAAACAGAUCAUAAAUAAACACAGAAGACACACGAGUGUAAAGUCAAUGCCCUGCUGCGCAUUAAAUCGGGUGAUGUGAUGCCCAGUGAGUGGGUAGCUAAUUCGGAUGGUGUGGUGAGGAGACGCCUCGCUAAGCAGGUACCACUGAAGACGAGGUCUGAAGGCAGAGCAGGAACCUGCGGGCGAAGGUCGCUAUCCGGACCUCGAAUCGCCGGUUUCCAUGGGGAGGUUAGCCGCGGAGGGAUCACUUCUCCAAGGACCGAAGGAGCGGGCGCUGUAGAUCUUUUCUGCAGAGAUGCCCGCCAGUAUCCGACUGUCCCCUGCGGGUGGUGGGGAGGAGACGGAAGACAAGGCGGGGACCCUGGAGGGCCGAGGGCGCCCGGCAGUCCAGUUCCCCGACCCGCGGCUGCGGGCGCGGCCUCUAGAUGCGGGCGUUUGACAAAACACGGCGCCGGAUCGUCCAGCCCGGGCCGCGGGCGCAGCAGGAUGUGGGCAGAAGGCCCGCCUGUUCCGAGCCUUAAAUCAACACCUGCGGUUCCCGGGGUGACACCGGUGGGGCCCGCAGCGAGGCUCCGCGGCGCUAGGCCCGAGAAACCGAAACUCCCCUAGUCGCCUUUGCUCCCCAGCACUCUCGCCAUUGCCUUCAGCCCCAAGCCACCAUUGUUAACAGUGCCAAAUGGGGCCGCCCGGGUAGCCUCCGGGGCCGAACCGCCAGGGGCCGCGUGAACCCCGAGGAGGCUGGUCGGGGACCGCUUCCUUUUCCCCCUUUCGGUGUGCUCAUGGCCACCACCCUCGCCGCAGAGGCCGCCGCCCUCCGAGCGCGCCACCACCGCCUCCUCUGCCUCUUCCCAUCCCUCAGCCCCGGCCCCUGCAGCGACUUGGCUCGGGCUGCACCUCACUGCGCCUGCCAACUGUCUCACUCUCCGAGGCUGUCAACAGGGUGCCAGGGACAAACAAGCCGCGGCGAGCGCAAACAGCCUGAGCAAACAGGGACAGCCAGGGUGUUGUCUGACCAGCACUGGAAUUGGAAACUAGGUUUCGAAUAAGUCAAAGUGCAGUACUGUAUUUUAAACUGUCUGUUGUAUUACAUCCCCCACAAUACGCGCUCUACUUGAAACUUCCAGCGGAUACCAGCUACACUUAGAAUAAAAAUGAAACUCCUUGCCCAACUCUGGGGCCGCAUCAGCACAUGCUUACCAUGUUUUGGCCACAGAGUCCUUCAUGCUGUUCCUGGAAGUCACCAAGUUCCAUCUAUCAUUGUUAAUCAUUCCUUUUGCACGCUCCUCGCACAACUGUUUCUUCUGCUUAGUGCUUUGCCUACUGAUUCCAUCUUGUCAUUUAAGUCUCGGCUCAAAUGUCACCUCUGCAAAGAACCCUUCUCUGACUAUACAUCUAAAAUAGCCACAAACACGGUCUGCUCUAUAAAGACUUGGCUUUGCUUUAUUUCCUUCUCAGCACUCACACUGUCUGAAAGAAUGUUUUGGAUUUGUUGUUUAGUGUCAGCCUCCCUCUCAAGAAUGCAAGCUCUGUGAGAGCAGGGUCGUUAUCUAUUUUAAGGCUGUAUCACCAAUGCCUGGGUAAGUAUACAGUAAAUAAUUUUUGCAUGAAUAAGUGAAUG